GCGACCUAUGGCUCCACACUGGGGGCAUCGACUCGAUGGGCAGCGACGGCCAGGUGCGAUUUCGCGUAUGCUCAAGAACAAUGGCCAGACAGUCGCCUGUGUUCGGCAGAUUGCUCUUCGGCGGAUUUGGAGAGUCGGUUAGUAACGCCAAGCGAGAUCCGGGUGGGGAGUGGGAGGUUGAGCUGCCUGACGACGCAUCGUCAUCCAUGGAGAGAUUGCUGCGAAUGAUGCAUGGGACAAGGUACUCGAGGUUCCCCAGCACGUCUGAGAUGUUCAUCGUGAAACUAUACGAUCUGGUGGUCACAGCGGACAAGACUGCAUGGCGCUGUUCCAGCCGUUUGUUGCGCAUUGGGUCCUGUCCCUACAGACAGGCGACAAGCACGAGCAGAGCCUCUUGCGUCUGAGCUGGAUCUUCUAUCAACUGGGCCACAAGGACAAGUACGAAGAAACUGUGACACGGCUCGUCAUGGACAUGCCAAAUGGAGCUGCUGUGGAGGGUGCUUUGACGCCCCCUGUCCUUCCUCCCGGGCUAGUCGGUCAGUGCUGCUGUCUUCCAAGACUGGCUACGUGUGCCAACGUGAUGUGGAUGUCACAGGCCAGCUGACGGCCGGCCACAGACUACGUGAAAGCCAAGAAGGUCUGGAUGAUCGAGGCAUUACUUCGUCCCAUCAGCACCAACAUCGACAAACUCCUGAAAGGCUGUGCAAGUGGCAACAGCCUGUGCGUACAACGACGCAUCAACAACGACGGUCUCAACCAAUGCGAGUCAUAC